CGAGGGGCAUGUCUCACUCGUCACAGCUGCAUUUCCUUCUCGUGGGGUUGCUGGGGCUCAGCUCUGCAGGGGCCAGUUAUGGAAUGAUGACACCAUGCUCUUCCCCUUAUGGGAUGAUGACACCGCACCCUUCCCCAGACACAGCAGCAGCACAGUCCUCAGUGAGGAGAGGACCAGCUCUGGAGAUCAGGUACGUGCUCCUGAGGAGCUGAGAAUGAGCCCCACACAUCUGACAGGUACCUUUGACUUCCCUGGGCCUGUGGUGCAACUCUUGGUGAGAGAUGCAGAGUGUCCUGUGAGCCUUGGCUGUGAAGUGUGAAGGGAUGCCCGAAGGUCUUUGAGGAGAUUUAGGUGCUCAAGUUGCCUUGCUGUACCUCUGUGUGUUCCUAAACCUCUUAGUUAAUCCCCUUUAAAUAGCAAGACUAGGGCAGCUUGGGAUUUAUUUUAAGCCCUUUCAAACCCAGAUUUUACGGUCAGGUCUUGGACUCUGUCCUCGUUCAGAAGUGUUUCAAGCCAUCAUUCAUCCCGAACGGAUCAUUUUAUCACCGCAGACUCCACUGAGUCAGGAGAUGAGCUCUGGCACCGCUCGACGCUUCGACAGCCGCCGUCCCUGCUCCUUGCCGGGCUCCCACGGCGGCGUGGGGACGUGCUGUGGCUGGGACUGCCCCGGGUAGCAGAGGAGCCAGGCUGAGCCCUUAGCUUGAUGCGUGGCUCGGUUUGUCCGCAGCACUCUGGGCGACGUGGGGACGGGGGCGGUGAAGAUGCGGGUUCGCCCUGGCAAAAGCGAUCCUCUCGCUUCGCAUGCUUCCUCCUCCGCCACCGGUGCUGAAAGAGGCUCUCCUACCGGGGUCGAACCGGGGGGCACCCCCGGGGCAGCGACACCGCCCUUGGGCUGUGGCUUUAAGCGCGGCGGGGGGGCUGGCGGGAGGGUCACCGCCCCCGGGACAGGGCCUGUCCCGCCCCGCCCCGGCUGGCAGCGGGCGCGGCUGUUUACGGGCCCGGGCACUUGUCUGCAGCUGCGAAAACCCCGAGCAGUGCCAGUUUGGAAGAGCUGCUUGCUGCCACGCUUGCUCAGCUCUCUUUUCUUCUGUGUGAAGCUCCUGGGUGUUGAAGUAGUCUGAGGAUAUCAAAGGAGAUGUGGUCGUUUUGGGGACUGGACCCGAGCCGAGCCCGCUGUGACUUGCUCUUCACAGAAGCCAUCAAUCAAAGAAUGCAGGUUCCCAACAGGCUGAAGGUAGCAGACAGCUUCAGCCCUGUGGACCAGGAGCCAGUGGCAGAGGAUAUCCCUGCUUCCUUUCGGAUGCACAUCCCUGAUAGGAUUUCACUUGCAGAAAUAUCAGAUGCCAGUUUGAGGCCCGUUCUGCUGAACCAGCAAAGGAAGGUCCCUUCUGUGGUGGUGCACAUGUCCCCAGACUGCUCUGCUGACCCCCCCCUCCCCGGGGAGCUCCCUUUUCUGCAUGUAGCCAGCAGGUCGAGCUUCCAGAAACGCAAACGAUCGGGCCAUCCCAGCAGCAGGUCACGGCGAGAGAGGACUCCAAGUGACUGUGCCCAGCUGGCCUUGCACAGCCCAGGACAGCAGCAUGAGCGGCCAGACACAUGCCCCCAGCCUGCAGGCAGUGCCCCGCCAGUUCCCCUCCUCACUGAGACAGGCAGGAUCUACUCCAUGCAGAACAUCUUCCAGACCAUGUACCUUCUGGGCCAGGUGCUCUUCCAGCGUGUCCAGGGCUCUCUGCAAGACCCAGUGCUGCCCAGGAGCUCCCAGGAGGCCAGCUCAGCUCCAGAGAGCAUCUCGGAGGAGGUCGGGGUGGGUGAGAUGGCAGCAAUGAGAAAACAGUUGACGAGGAUCUCCAGGAGGCUGCGUGUGCUGGAGGAGCAGUGCCACGCCUGGCGCCAGAAGGAAGCCCUGGUCUACUCCGUGAUGAUCUCUGCCUGCCUCAUCAACACCUGGCUUUGGCUGAGGAGAUGACUGCCCAUGCCUCCACCUCCUCUCCCCAGCCCUGGCAGGGUGGGUGGAGGCAGGCAGAAGGUCCUUGCUUGCAUACUUGCAAACAGUAGAAAGGUGUUUGUUCUUCUCUUGCCCUGCUUUUUGCAGCCCAGGCCCCUGAGGAUCUGUGCCCUUUAGAUCCAGACUACAAUGAAGGUGGCAUCCCUUUCCCAUGCUCUAGCAUCAGAGGUGGGUGAGGGGAGGUGAUGAAGCUUGACCUUGUGCCAGAGUAGCUGGAGAUGAGUGUGGGAGAGGUGGGUUACAAGUAGCAUGGCCCAACAGGAAUAGUGCCAGUGCUGGGCUGUGGCUGCAAGUGCUCUGCAGUGGGAGACCCUCCGACCUUUGGGCUGUCUGCCAGAGGAGACAGAGAACCAAGGUGGUUUGCUGUCUUAAACUGUGGUGGGCCCAGUCCCCUGACCGUGCCCCAGCUUGAAUAACUCAAUUCUGAUCCCAUAGAGGUCCUUAGCCAACUGCUGUGGACUGUUCCUCAUCUUCCACCUCAAAAGCUUCUGCAGAGCGGUUGAAUGUUUCCAAGCUGCUAGUAGGUUUGCUUUUGUUUCUCGUGCAGUGCUCUUUGGUGGAGCUAGAACUGCCAGUUCUUCUAUGCCAUAGCUCCUGCUCGAGGAGGAGUGGAGCCAGGGGAGCCAGGAGCUCCCAUCCCUGCAGCUGCUAUUGUGCCACCAUCUCAGCUCCCAUCCUGCUGGAGGCAGUUCUGCAAAUGUUCAGAUCCAAAGUGGCUGUAAGAGCCUUGCUGAGGUCUGGGCUUAUCCAAGAGCUUGGCUCUUUCCCAGAGAGAUUUACAUGGAAGACAUUCCUAUGAUGACUUUCUGGAUUGUAAGACCUUGUACCAGCAGUGAUAGCACCAGGCAGGCUGCAGAAAACUGCCCGUUUGGGCAGCAGUGGGUGUUCAUCAGCUUGGCAAACGCCAGAGGGCAGGUUGCUCCCAGCUCUGCUGCCAAGCUGUGGCUUCAGCCCUGGUGCAAGGGCAGAAGGGAGGGCAAUCCUUGGCCCAUCUGCUCUUUAGCUUAAAAACAAGCCCAACUCAGCACCUUUGCUGUUUCUUUCCUUCUGUGGACUUCAGUAGCGCUUGGAUCUGAUGUGACUUCAAGAUGCUUUUGCUGCUUCCUCCAGCACAUCUGUUGGAGUUGUGCUCGCAGGCUCUGGGGGCAGGUUUGACUUGGGUUAAUAGGACCUCUCCUCUUCUUCCUGAUGGUAGCUGAAUCUGCAGGUCGUCCAGGUGCCUCCAUAGCUUAUUUACAGACAUGGAUGCUUGGUUGUUUUCUGACUGCAACUGCAUCAAGCAUCUGUGACUGUAAAUCUGGCAGCUGGAUGCUGACUAAUAAAUAACUGUCCCACAGGUAAUUGCUGGUCUGAACCUGUGCCUGAUAGCUGAGCUGAGGAGAGCACUCAGAUUUAUUGCAGAGGAGAGCCAAGAUCAUGUGGUGGGCUUGGUGUGCUGUGCUGGGGUGUAUGUAAAGGAGGGGAGCAUCAGGGCUGGCUCCUGCGGCUUGUGGCUGAGGGAUGUUGGUCAGGGCCAGCAGGGGACCUUACACAAGGGGUCUGUAUGAGGGGGCUCCCACUGUGUGACUCAUGCCAGGAAGGUAGGUGAUGUGUUUGGCUGGGAGGUGUGGAUGUGUUUGGAGGAAGCUUGUGGUUUUGGGGGGGGGGGGGUAUAAACUGUAUUGUGGGGUGAGAAGGGCUGACCCUGGGCCAGGGUUGGGGGGCACACCACCUGCCAAGUGUAAGGAUGCCUGCUGGAGAGGUGAUCAAGCCAUGGGCUAACUGCUGGCAGGUUGUGGGGGAUGCAGUGUGACUUCUGCAUAAAUCAAAUGUCCAGGAGGUCCUGUGAAUCUGGAAACACUCACUGCUAAAAUACAUGUUCUAAUAAAA